CUGACGCUGCCUGGCGCUGGAACCAGGAAGGCGCUGAGCUUAAACUGAAGCAAGUUCUGAGGACGCCGGUGGCGCCGUGGUUAGAAGAGGGGGUUCCGGGCCCCCACGUCCGGAGGUGCGAGCCCGAAGGUCGACCCAGAAAUGGGACGCCGGUCUUCAGAUACUGAAGAAGAAAGCAGAAGCAAGAGAAAAAAGAAACACCGGAGACGGUCAUCUUCAAGCAGUUCUUCAGAUAGCAGGACCUACAGCCGCAAGAAGGGCGGGAGGAGGCCAAGGUCUGAGUCGAGGUCCUGGUCUCGAGACCGUCAGCCUCGCUCACAUUCUUAUGAGAGAAGACGCAGGCACAGGUCAAGCAGCAGCUCUUCUUACGGCUCCAGAAGAAAACGAAGUCGCAGUCGCUCCAGGGGCCGAGGGAAAUCUUAUAGAGUACAAAGGUCUCGGUCCAAAAGCAGAACCAGAAGGUCCAGGUCGAGACCUCGUCCACGAUCCCAUAGUCGAAGCAGUGAACGGUCCAGUCACAGAAGAACUCGUAGUAGGUCCAGGGACAGGGACCGACGUAAAGUUCGGGACAAAGAGAAGAGAGAAAAGGAGAAGGAUAAAGGCAAGGACAAGGAAGCACACAAUAUCAAACGAGGGGAAUCUGGAAACAUCAAAGCUGGAUUAGAACAUCUGCCUCCAGCUGAGCAGGCCAAAGCCAGACUACAGUUGGUCCUUGAAGCUGCUGCAAAAGCUGAUGAAGCAUUAAAAGCCAAAGAAAGGAAUGAGGAAGAAGCAAAAAGAAGAAAAGAGGAAGACCAAGCCACCCUGGUAGAACAAGUCAAAAGAGUGAAAGAAAUUGAAGCAAUUGAAAGUGAUUCUUUUGUUCAGCAGACAUUCAGAUCGAGUAAAGAAGUCAAAAAGUCAGUGGAACCAAGUGAAGUGAAGCAUGUGACUCCAGCAUCAGGACCAGCAACAGUAGCUGCUGAGCCACCCAGCACUGGAAAGGAAAUAGACCCUGACAGCAUCCCCACGUCUAUCAAGUACCAAGAUGACAAUUCUCUAGCACAUCCAAAUUUAUUUAUUGAAAAGGCCGAAGCUGAAGAGAAGUGGUUCAAGAGAUUAAUUGCUCUCCGGCAAGAAAGACUGAUGGGCAGUCCUGUGGCCUAAGCGGCAAACUUACGGGUUGGAUGAACAGUAACCCUGAAAAUUUAAGUUUUAAAAUACCAACAUCAACUUUCACUCUUAAAAACAACAGGCAGUUACAUAAAAGAAAUCUCAUUUCUUCCCUAAUGGUCAACUGAAUAUUUUGUUAACUCGAAUCAGACAUUGUGAAUAGUGAAUCUUUUAUAAAGGGUGUGAGUGCAUGAACAUAGUAUACUAUUAAUAAAGCUAAUCAUAAAGACAUCAGUGUUGAAGUAAACAAACACUCUGUAGUGUUUCUCAUUACAGUUUUUACAAAGUCAUGUUUUUGACCCAUUAUUCAAUAAUUAUAUAUAAGAGCCAUAUUAUUUAGUAUAAAUCUGAGUUUUUUAUCUCCUACAUAUUAUGAAACCCUUCUUGAAUCCCUUAUUUCACCUUUCUUAAAAAUUUUAGAUAUCAUAAAAGGUACCCUAAGAGAUCUAAACAGUGGCCAUGUUAGACAUGAAGGUCACAUGUUCACUAAAACUUUUUCUUAUGCCAAGUGUGGUCUCAAUUCUCAAAUCAUAGCCCUCUAGAGGCAUAGGCAGGAGGCUCUCCACUGUACUGCAAGUACUGGCAUACCUUUUACUACACAGUGAGGCCUCAUAUGAAAAAACAUUGAAUUAAUUAAAUGGAUAGUUUUUGCUUAGGGAUCAGUUUGUAUUAAGUGCUCUUUUGAAACCUGUAACUAGAUAGAGCCCAGGCCUUUCCUAUAGAAAGCACAUGCCCAGUAUAUUAGUCAUCACUUGGCAUUGCUGGCAUAACGUCAGGGGAAAGACUUAUUUUGUCUCAUGGUUUGAGCAUUUUAGUCCAUGGUCAGCUGGUUCCACUGCUUUUAGGCCUGUGGCAGGCAGAAACACAGCAAGAGGGCACAGCAUAGGAAAGCUACUCACUAGUGACUAUCAGGAAGCAAAGAGACAGGAGAGGGCUAAGCUUUGGCGUGCCCUUCAGAGACAUACUCCAGCCACCUGCUUCUAGUGUGUCCUCUACCUCCAGGUAGCCCGUUCAGCUGUGAGCUCAUGGUAGUCCAUGAUAAAGUAGCAGUCCUCGUGCUCUAGUGACCAUAAACCUUGAUCCUUUGGUUGGGACACUUCAUAUCCAAACCUCAAUAACCAUGCUUGGCCUAUGUGAUUGACCUAGUAUGCAUGACGAACAAAACAUUUCUGAGAAAUAAGAACUCUCACGUUGCUUAGGCAGCAUCGGUUCCCUCCUGAGGAAGCCAUGUGUGCUGUGUGUAGAAUGCCUUUCUCUAGAAGCCGAGCUGUGGACAUCCCUACAGUUCAUACUAAACAAGUUAGAGAGCAGGACUUUGAGCCUUGGUGGACAAAACAGGAUUUCAGCCCCUGGCACAGAUACUUCUCUUUCCCGUUUUACUCAGCUUUCAUUUGCAGAGUCUCUCUGAAGAAUGGGGCGUGGGACACAGCAAUGGGAAGUCCCUGGGAUGUGACACAGAGGGAACUUUGAUUCCAUGUUUUUCACACUGUAGAGCUGCAGAAGUUCUCAUCCCUGUUAAGAAUGGAAACUAUGAAGAACUUACACUCAGUUGCAAGUGUUACAAAGAAUGUUUGGUUUAAAAUGCUUGUUUUCAUGUAUACAUUUCUUGAUCUUAGCAAAGGCUAUUUUCCUUGGCUCUGAAAUAAAUAUGCUCAGUAUGAAGUUAGGUCUGUGUCAUUAAUGUAGAUACGGCUACACAGUAGGGAUUUCAGGAGUGAUUAAUUUUCUCAAAUAUUUUGCUUUUUAAUUCUUUGUAUAAUUUGUAAACUGUGUGUGUUCUCACCCUGUUCAGAAGUAUUUGUCUAGGAAAGGAUAUAGGUUGCCAAUUGACCAGAGGGAGUCUCCACACUUUUCAUUCUGUCUAUACAGCAAUGAAGAUCCUAUGAGCUACUGUACCUUCCACCCGUGUUUCUCAGUGACAGGUACAACAAGCACAGAGGCUUGAAUUAUAUUGAAUUUGUAUUUUAAAGAUAAAUGUUUUGUGGGAAGUUUUUUAAAAAUCAGGCUUUGUUUUGUUUUGUUUUUAAGUGAGCAAAUAAACUAGUCCUAAAGAA